AUGUCACGCGCAGCUUCUGACACACUCCCGGCGACUGCUCCCACAUUCACCAGCGACACAUCGCGACUGACCAACACCACGAAUCGCGGCCUUGCGCGCCGCCACACCCACCCGCGCAAGACAGACACCAUGGACGACGCAAGCCGACUCCGAAGAAAAGACACCACCAAAGGCCCGCCGCUGCGCAUCCUGUCGCUCGAUGGCGGCGGCAUCCGCGGCUACUCCAUGCUCAUCAUCCUCGAACGGCUCAUGCACAAGACGUACGUGGAGAUGCACGGCGAGGCACCAAAGGGCAACGAGAUCCCGCGGCCCUGCGACCAUUUCGACUUGAUCGCGGGGACAGGCACGGGCGGGUUGAUUGCGCUGAUGCUCGGGCGGUUACGACUGGAUCUGGAUACUUGCAAGAAGCUGUAUGUGAGCAUGACGAGGAGGGUGUUUGAGACGGACAAGACGUUUGCGGGGAUACCGUAUAAGAGCACGUUGUUCAAGGCGAGCAAGCUGGAGGAUGCGAUUAAGGAGUGUGUGAGGGCGCAUACUGUUUCGGAGAGAGAAGGGAAUGAUACUCUGGCGAAUGCGACGCCCAUGACAUCGGAUAUUCCGGGCUCGAGUCCUGCUAGUGCUGGAGGGCCACACAGAUCGCUGAGCCAGAGCAGUAGAUAUAGUUCAGGCAGCGUCAGCCCGACUGGAAGGCCCAUAUCGUUUGGAAGCCUGACGUUUGGCAAUGCGAAUGCGCUGCUGUAUGACCAGCGGGACAACCGAACCAAGACGGCGGUAACUGCGGUAUACAAGGGCACGAAUGUCACAACUCUCCUACGAUCGUAUGAUUCGCGAAAAGAGCCGGCGCCGGAUGUCAAGUGCACGAUAUGGCAAGCUGGCCGAGCGACUUCAGCUACGGCUAUGGCCUUCAAGCCUAUUCAGGUGGGCCAGUCAUGGUAUCUAGACGAGGGCGCAGGGAAGUACAAUCCCGCACCUCUGGUUCUUGAUGAGGCCGUGCAGAACGAGUGGCCUGGCAGAGAUGUCGGAGUGUUCGUGAGUAUCGGAACCGGCAAGCGACCAGCAGGCACCAACAACCGCUCACACGAAUGGUGGGAGGGCUUCCUCGGCGGUAGCGUUGGAGACUUCGCCGAUGCACGGAGAAGGCUGAUCGCAAAGCUGGAAGACUGCGAGAACACCCACCAAGACAUGGUCAACGACCGCCUCGCCAGCCGCGGCGUCAGCCCAGAAAACUACUACCGCAUGAACGUCGAAGUCGGCGUUGGCGAGUUCGGCAUGAACGAAUGGGCCCGCCUCUCCGAAAUCGACACCAACACCCGCACCUACCUCGCCCGCCGCGACGUCGACGCCAUCACCCAAGGCUCCGCCGCCAAAAUGGCAAAAAUCCACUUUGCCAAACAACGCCACGACCGCUCCGACACCCGCGGCAGCGACGCCGCCCACAGCAUGCCCCGCUACAGCUGGCAGAACAACGCCGACCAGCCGCUCCCCCUCGCGCAGCAGCAGCCCGCCGCGAACUCUUUUGCUGUGGAGCUGCCGGGCGACGACAUGUACUACCAAACCCAGGGUUUCCGCCCCGGCGCGCAGCAGUACAACCAUUCCCCGAGCAUCGCGGAUAUGAAGUACGCCGUCGUCAGCAACGACUACCACCACCCGCAACAACCGCAACCCACCUCCCCUCCUCAAAACCACUCCCAGACAUCCCCCCGCGGCAGCUACGACCGCCCCUCCCCACCCCCUUUACCGCCUAAAACUCCCAUCCAGAACCAAGCUCUCCCCUACCCGGACGCAGGGACUCCUCUGAGCGCGACGAGUGCGAUGACCCCGCAGAGCCCGCCGGGCUAUGGCCCGAGGACUUUUACGAAUAUGGGCAGGGGGAGUUUGGGGAGGCAGGGGUUGCCGUAUCCGGAUGUCGAGGGCCCGGCGCCGAGGGUGAAUCGGGGGAAUAAACCUACGAUUAGUCGGUAG